AAGAAGAGUUUGAGUCCGGAUCAUUGAAAAAGUCUAUGAAAAGGAGGAUGACCUUUUGAACCGUAGGUCUGCGAGCAGCAUAACACUUUACGUUAACUUUUGGAUAUACGACAUCCGAGUCCUGAGCCUCAUACUAGCCUCAAGAGGGAGGCGUACGUGGCCAGUGACUCGUCCGCUGGUUCGCACCUGCUCAAUAUUAUUACUCUCCAUACACAGUGUUCCCAUCUCCCCGCCGGAUCACACAAUGUUCUAAAAUUGGUUUAAGAACUACGAUAGAAGUCCACCACCUUUGGGCUCCAAACCUUUCCCCUCUGCACUCUGCCAUGAGCUAUACCAUGGUCAAAGCUGGUGUGUCACUUGUUCCGAGCGAGGAUGCUACGGAGCCAAUCCUAACCCAAGCAGCGGAAACCCUUUGGUCAUAUCUCACAUGGAGUAUACAAUGGAUAUUGAGGAUUUUCAUCGGUUUGUUGCCAGUUUCAAGUUGGAGGCAGCGCUUGCAAGCUGGGAGGGUGCGACUUGGGAGUACGAGUGAGGCUGCUAGUGCGAAACGCCGUGGGGGGAAAGUGUCAAAAGGAAAGCUGGCGACAGGGAGCCCUUCACCGAGAAGGUCUCGGCGUCUGAAGGAAAAGCAGGGAAGUGGUUCCUCAGGAAGUGGCGUAUCCUCUUCAUCUUCCUCCUCGUCCGAAUCAGACUCAAUUACCGACUCGGACUCCAAUGCCAGCGAUGUCCAACAUCCUCGUCAACUAGGACAUUUACGUGGACCUCGAGCGUCUAAAACGCCACCAGUGAAGAGGUCUGCUACACAAAAUACCCUUCGCAGAACUCCCUCCAUACCUUGUAGAAAGAAAACUCUAGUGCUAGAUCUGGACGAGACUCUUAUUCACUCGACAUCUCGACACUCACGCAACUAUGAUCACGUAGUCGAGGUCACGGUUGACCGUCAUGUGUGUUUAUAUUAUGUAUUCAAGAGACCGUUUUGCGAUUUUUUUCUCCAGAAGGUCAGCGAAUGGUAUAAUGUCGUUAUAUUUACGGCGUCGAUGCCCGAAUAUGCCGAUCCGGUUAUUGACUGGUUAGACCCACGGCGGAAUAUGGUCUCCCAGCGUCUUUUCAGACAGGCCUGCCGACACUCCAAUGGAACUUACAUUAAGAACCUCGCAAUCGUCGAACCCGACUUGUCGCAGGUUUGUUUAGUGGAUAAUUCUCCGAUAUCCUACCAAGACAAUGAAGACAAUGGAAUACCAAUAGAGGGCUGGAUAAGCGACCCGCGGGACGAAGCGUUGCUGGAUAUGCUACUUUUUUUGGAUGCCUUGCGAUAUGUCGACGACGUGAGGCAUGUGCUAUCAAUGAAGUAAAUGGAAGAUUGUUUCUUUUGUUAUAUACACAAUACGGCCAAAUGCUGUUUUUGAUCCUUGUUGAAUAUACCCCUAUCCUUUGCAUGUGAACUAGUUACCACAAGGGAAGUGGUUUCAACAAAGAUUAUGAAUGUUAUCGAAAGUUGGAUUCCAUCGCAGUGCCUGAAACCCCGGAGAGAGCAACAGGGUCGUAUGCCUUGGGCG